AUGGCAGAAUUCAAUACCAAAAUCUCUAAUGAAGUCACCACACGUCUUUCUGAAAUUAAUGCAUCUUUCACUGCAGAGUUCGGCAGAAUUAAUACUAAGCUUAAUAAUAAACUUACCGCAGAAAUUGAAAUUUUUAGGGCACGUAAUGCGGCUACGCCACAGAAGCGCAGAAAAUAUUGGGAAGACUUAAUAACAUCGAGGAAGCCUGCCAUAAUGACUCUGGCAGUAUUAGAUUCCUAUUCAAAGGACCAACAAAGUGUGUCCAAUGAAUCUGAAGCUAAUUUGACCAAUGAAUCUGAAACUGAUUCGCGAGGCUCUUCAACUAAUUCAUCUUCAAGCUCUUCCGGUUCUUCUGGCUCGAGCCAAAAAUUCACAAAUAUUAUUUCUGUAAUCCUGAAACAAUUUAUUGACAUCUUUGAUAGGAUUAAGGGUGCGAAUGAUUAUUCUUUAGAUCAGAUAUGUGCUGUUGUAUCGGUUGAUAUUCUUAGUAGACUUGGGAUGGGAGUAAUUGGGAAAGAUACAAUAAAGGGAUUUUAUCGUAAAGAUAACAUAAGUAGCAAAAAUUUAGAAAAAAUAGGUACUUGGGUGGAUCAUACUCAUUUACAUCGUUACUGA